AUGUUAAACAAUUAAAAAUCCAAACCUAAAUUCAAACCUGCAUUCAAAUUGAAAUAAUUAUUAAAUACUAUCGGUCUUCCAGAAGGUUUAAAAGAUUAAAGUUGCAGAUUUAAAUAUUCUAUAGAUAAUUCUCAAUUUCAAUUAUAUCAACAAAUUAGUAGCUCUAUAAGAAAGAAUGGUUCCAAUUUCAAACCAUCGUUCUUGCCUAGCAUUACAAAUAGGAAGUCUUUAGUAAUUGAACCUAUUUCUUAUUAGAUCAGCACCUUUGAUCAUUUAUUACCAGAUAAAAGCAUAAAAAAUAAAAAAAAAGAAUUACACAAAAAUUACAAGAAAUUCAACAAUUUAAGUAUUGCUCUCAAUCCUAAUGAAUAAACCAAUUUAACUAAUGACGAAUUAUAACUCUUUUAGUCAAUCAAAAAUAGUCCAUAGAAAUAACAAAACAAUAAUAAAUCUCCUGAUUAGAAAAAAACUAGAAAAUAAAAGUUAAUCGAAUUUUUGAAAGGAUAACAUCAAAAUAUCUAAUUUACGACGUUAUUACAAAAGAAAUCUUUAAAAGAUCAAGCUUUACUCCCUUCUUUCGUUAUUACGAAAUAUCAAGAGCUGUAAUUUUGA